UGUACCAUGGAAAGAAGCGACGUCGUUGAAAUGAAAGUCAGGGAGCUCUGUACCUUAAGAUCCUCACCGUCCGUUUCCGCAAUUGGCAAAAGCCGAAGGUUCAGAUUGUGGCUUGUUUGGAUAACACGUUAAUAGCAGUAACACUUAAAGAAAUGGAGAUACGAAACUUGGCCAUGGCUGUGGUGGCAGUGCAGCAAUUCCUGUGCUUCACAGACUUAAAUUGGAGGAACAUAACAAGGCCAUGCAUUCCCCCUCACUGUGCAAUUCUUCUACGCUCACAGAAAAGGGUUAAAUAUUCUGUGAUUUCAUGCUCUUCAUCACAGACCCCAGAAGCUGAUACUCAAACUGCUGAAUCUUGCGUAAAUUUGGGUCUUGAGCUCUUCUCCAAAGGACGGGUUAAAGAUGCUUUGACCCAGUUUGAUACCGCACUUUCCUUGAACCCUAAUCCUGUGGAGGCCCAAGCUGCGUUCUACAACAAAGCUUGCUGCCAUGCAUACAGGGGAGAAGGAAAGAAAGCAGCUGAUUGUCUCCGCACUGCUUUGAGGGAAUACAAUCUAAAAUUUGGUACAAUCCUCAAUGAUCCCGACUUGGCCUCCUUCAGAGCUCUACCUGAAUUCAAAGAACUACAAGAAGAGGCUAGGCUGGGUGGGGAAGAUAUUGGCUACAGUUUUCGGCGAGAUCUAAAACUUAUUAGCGAAGUUCAAGCACCAUUCCGUGGGGUUAGGAGAUUCUUUUAUGUGGCACUGACAGCAGCUGCAGGAAUAUCAUUGUUUUUUACUGUGCCGAGGCUCAUUCGUGCUAUUAAUGGUGGUGAUGGUGCUCCUGAUCUCUUAGCAACUGCUGGGAAUGCUGCCAUUAAUAUUGGAGGUAUUGUCGUUCUUGUGGCAUUAUUCUUUUGGGACAAUAAAAAAGAGGAGGAACAACUUGCACAAAUAUCUCGAGAUGAGACACUAUCAAGGUUGCCUUUGCGCCUUUCAACUAAUCGUGUAGUUGAACUUGUGCAGCUACGGGAUACAGUUCGACCAGUUAUAAUAGCAGGAAAAAAGGAAACAGUGUCUUCAGCUAUUCAAAGAGCAGAGAGGUUUCGCACUGAGCUCCUUAGACGUGGUGUUCUGUUAGUUCCUGUUAUCUGGGGAGAAGGCCGGGAAACAAAAAUUGAGAAAAAAGGUUUUGGUCUACAGCCAAAGGCUGCUGAAGCUCUUCCAUCUAUUGGGGAAGAUUUUGAGAAGCGAGCACAGUCCAUAACUGCGAAAUCAAAGUUGAAAUCUGAAAUUAGGUUCAAAGCUGAGGUUGUAUCGCCAGCAGAAUGGGAACGGUGGAUAAGAGAUCAGCAGAAGUCUGAAGGAGUAUCACCUGGUGAAGAUGUGUACAUAUUACUGCGCUUGGAUGGACGGGUUCGAAGAUCAGGGAAAGGUAUGCCUGACUGGCAGCAAAUUGUGAAGGAGCUACCCCCAAUGGAAGCAUUUUUAAGCAAGCUGGAAAGAUGAGAAGUAUUGUGAAGAAUUCGGAGGGUGCAAAUUUUUUUUUUUUCCCCUGUCCAAGUGUCAUUAUAGUCCUGGUAUCACCUUUGUUGGUAAUGUCCCACAUCAAUAUUUUUCGUGACCAUUGAGCUAAACACUGUACAUCCAUUCCUCCACGAUCACUACAGACAAUUGCAAAGUAAAUGUUACAAAGGAAUAUUAAUAUUGAUAAAAUAUUUUGGUGACAAAUCUAUUUUGUACU